AUGGAUGGUUACUACACAUCGAACACGCUGCCUUCACAGGAUGCACAGCGUCGCAUGUCGCAGCAGCGCGAAGGCCAACAGCAGCAACAGCAGCAACAGCAGCAUUCCCACCAGUCGUCGGGCAAUGUCAUCGGCAUGAUCAAUCCGGCACCUGUUUCCGGGCCACAAAUGCCGUUGCAACAUCAGCCAUCCGCAAUGGCACAGAUCGUACCGAACCAGCCGAUAAUACCAGGCGAUUCGCUUGACGAGAUAAUACGGAACAAUCAGUCCGAGAUGCACCGUCGGAGAAGCAUGCCCCACGCCUACGGAAGCCCAGUACUGGAAGACGAGAAUCCUAGGCGAAUGUCAUCCAUUGGCGCUUCAGGGGAUGUCAUGGGUUUUGGUACCAGUAAUACGAAUUUAGACAGUUUUCAGUUCGCCCAACCUGUUGGUCCAUCAUUUCCUGGUAUCAACCCGACUCUAGAUAUGACGGACCAGAUGGGAAAUUUUGUUACUGAUGCCGCCGACUACUCCGGAAUCCCUCCAGACCUCAUCGGGCCCAUGAACCCACCCACCUUUGGCGGUGUCGAAAUGAGCCAGAUGUCGAAUGAGUCUUCGCUACCACUCUUCUCAACAUCUUCAGUCCCGGCUCAAGGGCCUGCGGAAGGCGAUAUGGGCAACGCCUUUGCUUCUGGACAGUUGGCUAACAUGGGCACGGCGUUCUCAACGGACCCGACAACAAGGGUCACCAACCUCACCCCAUCGUCAAAUGCCAUGCCUGUUUCUGCGGACGAACACUCUGAUGGUAUGAUGCAUAUUCCCACCUCACAGUUGAAUGCUAUGGAUCCUCCUGCGAGUCGGGUACCUGAGAGAAUGACCGCACAUCCUGUGCGAAGUAACAUCGACCAACCCUUACCGCAUUCGCUUUCGAGACACAUAUCUUCCGAAUCAACAAUCCCAGCCCAGCACAACACGACAUCUGCAAGCAUCACUCAAACUGGCUCUACGUCCGGUCCGACGACACCAGUCACCACAUCAACGCCACGGGAGAAUAAGGAGAAGACGAUCUAUUCCAAGAGUGGGUUUGAUAUGUUGAAAGCACUGUGGCUGGUAGCCACGAGAAAGGAUCCGAAAAUACACCUCGGCGCUGUGGACAUGUCCUGUGCAUUUGUAGUCUGUGACGUGACAAUGAACGACUGCCCGAUUGUUUAUGUGUCGGACAAUUUCCAGAAUCUUACUGGCUACAGUCGCCAUGAGAUUGUGGGACAGAAUUGCCGCUUUCUCCAAGCGCCAGACGGCAAGGUUGAAGCCGGAUCCAAGAGAGAAUUUGUGGAUGAUGGCGCCGUCUAUAAUUUGAAAAAGAUGAUCCAAGAGGGACGUGAGGUCCAACAAAGCUUAAUAAAUUACAGGAAAGGCGGAAAGCCAUUUCUCAAUCUGCUGACAAUGAUACCGAUCCCGUGGGAUACGGAUGACAUUAGGUACUUCAUUGGAUUCCAGAUCGACCUUGUGGAAUGCCCGGAUGCCAUUUCGGGUCAAGAAUUAGGAGGUGUCAAAGUCAACUACAAGCACAGUGAUAUUGGACAAUACAUCUGGACACCACCGGCUUCGAGUCAAUGGGAGCCAGAGAAUGGGCAAACGUUAGGGGUGGACGACGUGUCGACACUCCUUCAGCAAUUCAGCCCCAAGGGACUGGUGUCUGACUGGCAUAAGCAGUCCUGGGACAAGAUGCUGUUGGAAAACACCGAUGACGUUGUACACGUCCUGUCUUUGAAAGGGCUCUUUCUCUAUCUGUCACCGUCUUCCAAACGAGUCCUCGAGUACGAUGCUGCUGACCUCGUUGGCAAUUCUUUAUCUUCCGUUUGCCAUCCCUCCGACAUUGUACCGGUUACACGUGAACUGAAAGAUGCGACUGCUGGCAACCAAGUCAACAUAGUGUUUAGGAUACGCCGGAAGCAAAGUGGUUAUACUUGGUUCGAAAGCCAUGGCUCUCUAUUUGUUGAUCAGGGCAAAGGCAGGAAAUGCAUCAUUCUCGUUGGUCGUAAACGACCUGUAUUUGCACUCAGCCGCAAGAACUUGGAGUCAAAUGGUGGAAUUGGAGAUAGCGAGCUGUGGACGAAACUGUCAACAUCUGGGAUGUUUCUGUUUGUUUCAUCUAAUGUCAGGUCACUGUUGGACCUCCAACCAGAAUCGUUGGUCGGCACAAGCAUCCAGGACCUCAUGCGAAAGGAAUCUCGACCCGAGUUUGGACGGUCAAUCGAACAGGCCCGGCGAGGCAAGAUCGUCACCUGCAAGCAUGAAGUUCAAAAUCGUCGCGGUCAGGGACUUCAAGCCCAGACCACCUUGUAUCCCGGCGACGCUUCUGAAGGGCAGAAGCCAUCGUUUUUACUUGCACAAACAAAAUUAUUGAAAGCGUCUUCCAGAAGCAUUGCACCGGCUACUGCAACGAGCAACAACAAGACAGCCUCGACAACACCCCACCCAACAUCCUCUGCUGGGCUGACCGCAGUUCCUGGCCAAAUUUCCCAACCUGCAGGAGGGGCUUUGGCACCUGGAACACAGGAUGCAGCCUUGGCGGCUGAGGAUAACAUAUUCGAUGAACUUCGAACGACGAAAUGCUCCAGCUGGCAGUUUGAACUGAGGCAGAUGGAGAAAGUGAAUAGAAUUCUCGCCGAGGAGCUUGGCGGGCUUCUAUCGAACAAGAAAAAACGGAAGCGACGUAAAGGUGUUGGAAAUGUAGUUAGAGAUUGUGCAAACUGCCACACACGUAAUACCCCGGAAUGGCGGCGCGGUCCAAGUGGUCAAAGGGAUCUAUGCAACAGCUGUGGGCUGCGUUGGGCAAAACAGACCGGACGCGUGUCGCCACGAAACUCUUCCCGUGGAGGCAACAAUGGCAAUGGCGACGCACAAAGCAAGAAAUCUGCUUCUCCGAUUCACUCCUCUCCUUUACACAAGGAACUUUCUUCCGACAACAUAACUUCGCAUACCACGACAAAUAAGGGCGAGGCCGACGGGAUCGAUGCACCCAGCCUUCCCCAACCUGGCGCCCAUGCUGCCAGCAAUGGUUCAGACUCUAGUUUGAUCCAGAAGCAGGCGACGGCGAUGCCACCCCCAAGCCAACCUUCACUUGCAGGUGGUGUAACAGGUUCAGGUAUGACCUCCAUUCGGGAAGAACGAGAAACAAGCCAGUCGUGA